UUGUUGUCAUUUCAGUCCAAGAUGGCCGCCUCAUGCACCUCCCCCUCCUUUGUUCCCCUCCUCUUCCUUUUUGUCACCGUCACCGUGGAGACCAGACCCUCCCCUCAGCGGGACGACGCACAGGCGUUCCAGUCUCUGUUCGGAUCUCGUCUCUCCUCUCUCAUCUUGGCUCCUCCCUCCUCUGAUGACAUCGCAGAGGGCUCGGCAGACGGCCCCGCCCCUUCCCCCUUCUCCUCGUCUCCUCACAGACGAUUGGCCGCAGGUCGUGGCGGUGCGAGGGGAUUGGCCGGCAGACAGGAGGCGGUCCCCCGCUUCUUCCUGGACUUCCUCCAGGGUCAGUCUAAGAUGGGGAGGCGGAACCGCAAGUCCAUGGUGGGAGGAAGAGGAUGCUUCGGGAUGAAGAUGGACCGCAUCGGCACCAUCAGCGGUCUCGGAUGUUAG